AUGUUUGGUCAAGUCUAUCGCAGUGGCUGGGUCGAUGCUGCCGUCGAAAUUCUUACUUCUUCGGAUCCGGAGGUCGCAGUUCUCCCUCAUUCGAAUACUCCCAUUGUAUUGAAUUAUACUGGAUGGACUCCCCUGGACAAACUUAUGGGUCUUGCGGCUAUCAUUUUCGCCAAUGUUGUCGACGGAUUCAGACCACAGCUCUCUCUGUACGCCUAUCAGUUUGGUGGCCAGCUUGUUCCUGUCUUCGCCGUGAUGAUGAUCGAAGGACUACGGGUUGGGAAUAGGCAUAACUGCUUUUAUUAUACCAUUCUCUGGGGGUAUGCGAUGCAAAUAUUCGGCUACGCCACUGUGAUGCCCCUGUACUGCGGGCUCCAUCUGUUAUCAUCGCCAGUUGCUUUAAACAACCCGCAAGCUGUCAGGCCGCUCUACUUGGCACCGUUGUACUCGAAAGCCAUCAUUCCAGCGUUUGGCUUGGGCUAUGGAUUGCUCACGUUUCUGUUCGCAUAUCCGUUCGAAUCUGGCAAUACGCGCCAGUGGUUCUGCGCAAUCUGGCAGGGAUUCCCAACUUAUGUUGUUGGCACCCAAUAUCUCCUGGCAGCGUUGACAUCGUCUCCCAGAAUCCGCAAACCAAAAAAUCGACAUGAGCGUCAUUGUAUCGAGGCACUGUCGCAGGCUUACAACUUUGCCUUCAAUGUCGGGGCUGCUACUCAACUAUUCACUCUUGCUGUAAUUGGUCUCGCGAAAAUCUCCCCGAGCGUGCUUCCUCAUAUAUUUCGGAAUCUCAGUUUCCGCAAUGUCUUCAAGCCUGGCCCCUUUUUCUCCAUGCAGCCCAUGAUAUCAAUGGCAGCUGAAAUGCACAGCUUCUUAUUAUAUGAUCAAUAUUGUGGCUCGGUGGCUGCUAUCAUCUGGAGCUCAACGCUUUACAUCUCGGCACACAGGACAUCACUUACGAAAUGGAAGGAUUAUGCACGUCUAGGUGGAAAUAUACUGCGGUGGAGUGCUAUUGGUGGGCCAGGAGGUGCCAUGGUACGACUGCUACAGCAACGCGACGAGAAGGUUUUAUCCGGUAUUGCUGCAGAUGAAAGCACGAAGGAGAGAUAA